CUAAGAAGCAGAAAGUGGGGAAAUAAAGUCCAUUUUACAAACCUAGUUAUGGUAGUAGUUUGUAAAUGUAUCUUUGUUCUGGAAAAUAUGUUCAAUUUUCUAAAUUAAAUUUUCUUUUGCACUACUCAGCUGUCGUAGGUCUGCCACUGACUACAAUGACCCAGCAAGAGCAGCAGGAGUUUACGGCGAGCCUGGAUGCAGCACUCUCUUGGAUCGCCAGCAUUCAAGAGAGGCUGAAAGCUAACGACAAGACGCAGGGAACUCGCGAUGCCUUGGAGGCCAGACUCAGAGAGACAGAGAAAAUCCAUCAUUCGCAGCACGAGGGUGGUGUAAAGAUGAACAUGGUGGUGGUAGCAGCGGAGAAACUUCUGCAGAACGAGGAUCAAGAGAUCAAGAGAAAUGAAACCAACAGCAAAAUCAAAGAUUUAAAAAGCCAGUGGGAGGAGACCUGUACCUACAUCGUCCACUGUCACAGUCGCAUCGAGUGGGUGUGGCUUCACUGGAGUGAGUACCUGAAGGCUUAUGAAGAGUUUGAGCUGUGGUUGAUGUGGCGGAAGCGUCAUCUAGAUGCUGAAGUUGAGCUGCAGCUGGGGUUGAAGGAGAAGCGUUGGCAGGUGGACCAGCAAAGGGUGAUGGUCAAUGAUGUCCAUGGGCAGGCUGUGCUGUUAGAGAGGCUGAUAGACGAGGCUGCCACCCUGCACAACAGAACUCAGGAUCCAAGCCUGGACCCAGAAGCCCUAGAGAGGCUGCAGGAGGCUUACACAGAUGUCCGGGACAGAGCUGAGGAGCGGGUUCUGCUGCUUCAGAAGAUUGCAGAGGAUCACCAGACCUACCAAGACUGUGUUCAAAGGUUUCAACUCUGGCUGUUGUCAAAGACCAAGGAGCUCACAGACCUUAUGGACACAGAGAACACACCUGAAGACAAGCUCAGAUCCCUAAAAGUUCUGGACAACAGCGUGGCUGCCGAGGACAAGACCCUUCAACAUCUGGAAGGUUUGGCCAAAGGAGUGAUGAAGAACACCUGUCCAGCAGGGGCAGCGGUCGUGGCAGAGGAGGCUGAGGAGCUGCGAGCUGGUUGGCAGAGGCUUCGACAGGAUCUACUUGAGGCUGAGGACGGCCUGCACUCCAGCCUGGACUCACACAAGCAGUACUUGGACAGAAGCCUAAAGUUAGAGCAGGACAUCGGACGCCUCAGAGCGCUGCUGCACGAGCUGGACGGUGAAUUGGAUCAGGCUCAUAGGACGGAAGACCCCACCGAGGACAAAAUGGUGGGCCAGUGGAGGAAAUACAAGGGUGUGAAGAAUACUUUGGCAGAUGAAGAAAUCCAAGUGGAACUCCUCAAGUCUCAGCUCAGAGAGCUUUUUAAAUUCUCAGCAGAUUCACGGCACCUCUCUGACGAGGUUCUGGCUGUUGUGAGGGAACAUCAGAGUGUGAAAUCCAGAGUGACCAGACUGUGUUCAGAGUCAGAAUCAGGACUGAGGAACAUUCUCCAGGAUCCACUCCUGGUCUACACUCAGUGGAGUCACAUGGUCUCUCAGGUGUUGGAGGCUUCUGCCAAGGAUACUGACUACUCCCACAUCACAAUGUUGCUACACAAUAUCAAGUGUCUGCUGGAGAAAAGUGUUCAACUCCAAAUGCGCCUGAGUGUCCUGCAUAUGAAGGGAGACCUGAUGGAUUCUGUGUUUGGCCCAGAAAAGGUCGAUGGUCUGCAGAGCGAGUUGAGCGAUGCCAUUAAAAACAGAGAGUUGCUCCACAAUCAGCUGCUGCAAAGGAAAAACACGCUCCAAGUGUUAAUUUCAAGAACAAAGGAUUUUGGUGAAACCUACAAGUCCCUUUGCUCCAAGCUGUCCCAACUCCGAAAGAGACUGAUGGACGAAGAUGGUCUGCAGCCCGAUAUCUUGGCCAAGAAAAGUCAGUCAGGCCAAUUCAGAGCCAUCCAGAAAGACCUGGAGGAGUGUGAAUACCACAUCACAGCACUGGAGACUCUGGUUUCCUCCAGUCAGAGCAACAGGACUCAGUUUGAGAUGAUACAUGCUGACUGGAAACAGCUGUGCAAAGCAGUACAGAAAAAGGUGCUUGAAAGUGAUCACACCGUGGCAGAUCAUGAAGACUUCCAUGACAACUGCCUGAACAUGGAGAAAUGGCUGAAGAUCAUGAAGCAAAAACUCCAGUCCUUUCAAAUCUCCCCUGGAAAAUGGAGUUUAGAAGGCCGCCAGCAGGAAGUUCAGAGAGUGUUGGCAGAGUUUCCAGAGAAGGAGAUUCAACUGCAGCAGAUGGAGGCCCAGAGUCAGCAGGUUUUGGAGAAGACUUCAGAGGACGGACAGAUCCACAUAAUCCGUGACAUGAAGCGUAUACAGGAAUCCUGGACGGACGUCUACAACAUAAGUCUCAGCCUUUACAAGCUGUUGGACAGUUCUGUGGAUCACACAGAGACAGGCUGGAGAAGAACUGGAGACAUUUCUUUGGACAACACGUUUCUAUUAACCGUUGGUUCAGGGGAGGAUGAAUGUGAUACUUGGUCAGGGUCCUCCAGAUUGGAAAGAAGACGAAAACAAGAUCGUUCAGUAGAGUUACUAAGAGCCUCAACAAGCCCUGGAAAUGAGGAGAGAGUGACGGAGCGGGGUGUGGUGACAAGGCAGAGCGUGUGGGAAGAGGGCCAACCCGAAUGUUUUGUCAUAGACGCCGGUAACAACGGUGCAUCGAAGACGUUUGAGGACAAUCGAAACGUUAAAAGAGAUGAAGAUUCUUUUUUCUGGGCGUUUGAUACGACAGAUUACCACAAUGUUUCCAAAGAUUCUAAAGUGUCCCACGUUAGUGGGCUGACGUCAUCGGCAGUUGGAGAAGACGGUGUGGAGGCAGCAAAGGAAAGUAAAGACCACUUCAAGUCCAGCAGAGAUUUUGAGGCUUGGCUGAACAGAGAAAAUGAACUUUUGUCUGGGGUCCUCAGCAACAAAGCAACAAAAGUUGGCACCAACGAACAUAAGAUCAAAGUGGACACACUGAAUGCUUUGAGAGCAAGAGUUCCUUAUGGUCAAGAGCAAUUCCAGCUAUUGCUUCAGGCCAGUGAGUGCAGAGGAGGAGAGUCGGGGUCAGCAGUGGAUCUGGGUCUGGAGGAUCUUCGCUACCGUUGGAUGCUCUACAAGUCCAAACUGAAGGAUGCGGGCGACAUCAGAAGACGGAGGAGCGGUGCUAAGAGAGUCCAAGUCAAACAAGAAGAGCUGACAUCUGCAGCAAAAGUACAAAAGAAACCAGGGCUGCUGCAGCGCGUGUGUCGUCUGGCGUUGCCUCUGUGGCUCCUCCUCCUGGCCCUGCUACUGCUGCUGUUUCUGCUGCCACUCAUGGACCAGAGUCACAGCUGCUCCUUCUCCAACAAUUUUGCUCGGUCCUUCAACAUCAUGCUGCGCUACGACAGCCCUCCACCCACGUAGGACCAGAAUGAGUACCAGUGGCCAAAGUGUCCUAUUAUACAGUAGUACUUGACAUGGCGCCUUCAGCCAUCAUACCAUAACAGACCUUUUAUGUUAUUACAUUAAUUAAAAGAUCAUUUUUUUCCAAAAGGAAAAAACAACUUAUAUCCAUUUGAAUUCUGCUUUGAUGACUGACUAUACAGUUACUGUACUCCCUUCUAUAUAUGUUCUAGCUUUGCCAAAUAUGUCAAGACAGUUAUGCUGCAUAUUCUUUUUUACUGUAUGUAUAUACUGUAGUUUCUGCUUGGAUAUGAUCAGCAAACUUUAACAACAAUGUUUACUGACUUCUUUUUUUUAUUAUUAUUUUUACUUCCUAUGGCUUUGUCCACAAACUACAGCUGGUUACUGUAUAGUGAAUUCGCACAUGCCUUUCAAGUAUUGGGUCUACCUCAACAGAGCAUUUACAAGCAUUGGUUUAUCAAAGGUUUUCUUCAGUUAAACUGAUUUCCAACUUAAAAAAACAAAAAAUAUGGAUUAGAUUGAAACUGUUAGCAGGGCUAACUUAGCCUAUUCUGAAGAUUAGUAGACUAGUACGUACACACAACAACCUACAAGUGAUUAAAUAGUUGUAUAAAUCCAAUGCCAGGGAACUGCUAACAUGAUGUGUUUGUCAAGAUGUGCAUCCAGUAGGAAAUCACUCAUCAGUUCUUACUUCCGUUCAAAAACCUUUGAAACCAUAUUUACAGGAUUAGAUUUACAUGAAACCAUGGCAAGCUCUAAAAGAAACAUGCUCUAAAUCAGGGGUGUCAAACUCAUUUUCAGGAAGGGGGGCGGGGCAACAUUGACAAUACAGUUCCUCUUGAAGGGCCGGUUGUAAAUGGAAGACUGCAUAGAUGUAACUACUCUAUAACGUAUUAAUAAAUGUUUCUGCAAUCGAU